AUGGCCGACUCAGCACCCUCGCGCCCGCGCAACGGCUCCGUUGUGCCCAUUACAGCUCCAUCCGCCGACGAGUCUGCGCUGCAUACGAGGCCGACGACGUCCGAUCUCCACGGAGAGAACUACUACGCGCAGGUCGCGAGGAAGCAUUGGCUGGGCACGGCGAAGACGCCCAGAGUGCGAAACUCGGUCGUCAAGGAGGAGCUGUGGGAUCACCUGGAGAAGGACGACUUUGCGUUUGGAUCGCUGUUGAUCUUGGAGAAUCUGCAGCUGCUGGAGCAGUAUUUGUGGCCUGGGUAUAGCGAGGAGAGCUCGAAUCAUCAUGUGCUGCUUAUGGCUCUGCUGGUUACUGUGAAGAGGAGGGAGAAUCUGCCUGCUUGGGACGUCUUCACGAAUAGGGCUUCGGAGUUCUCGUCUUGUUUUCGCCGCAUAUUAUCUAUGACUAUCGAUUCGAGUCUGUCAUCCAAGAUACGGCAGCACCUUAUAUCGUUUAUCAUUGGAGCUUUCCAAUCACUCGACAGUGGACUGAUCAGGAAGGAGUGCGCACCACUGGUCUCCAUAGGCUUAUGGCACAAUCUGCAUAGCGAUUCUGCUAGGGAAGGACACCUGGAUAAGAAUGUGAUGCUGAGAAAGGCAUGGAGGGCAAUGCAGAAGAAGUACGAUGGUGCUGACGAUGAGACCAAAGGCAAACUUAGGUUCGAACGAUCAUGGCUCUACACUCUCUUAUUGGACUUUCUGAAUCGCAUAUAUGGACCCGAACAGACCGGACAGCCUGGAAUGGAGAACAGGUUGUACUGUGAGCGGUUCCUGGAGUUUCUUUCCGACUUGCUCAGUCAACUCCCAACUCGACGCUAUGUCAAUACCCUCUUACAGGAUCUUCAUCUUGUCCCUGCUGUCAAGCUGUCCCCCAUGUAUUCCGGGCCAGACAGUGGUCUAUUCCGGGAUCUGUUUGGUUUGUUCCGGCAUUUCACCUAUUUCCCGAUCGAUGAUCAGAUCGGUCAACAACAGACUGCAAUCGAGUACCACCAAGCACACUGCGCCAAACUGGCCAGGCUCCAACGAAUCGCGAUCAAGCACUUCAAUAAGAAGCUACACAUCUUGGCACUAUCGAACUAUGCGUCGCUUGACAAGAGGGCUGAUCUGGAAGGCCACCUGAAGACCCUCAUCGAUGAUGACAUUCAAGAGCUUUGCCAGCUGUUGAAAUUUCGAACAGAGUUCCCAUCAUCCUCCCUGGUUGUGCAAGACCGAGACUUCUUUACGGAGGUUCUAGUAUGCGCACAUGAACGGCGGCCUACGUUCCAGGAGUCGGUGCGGGAGAUGCAUUUAUUACCAACGGAGCGCGUCCUAUACGAGGAGACAUUUUUAAGAAACCAGACAUAUAACGGUUCUCGACCGCUCGCCAUCCCAAAGUUGAAUUUGCAAUAUCUUAGCAUGGGUGAUUUUCUCUGGAGAUCUUUCAUCCUGUACCGAGCCGAGGCUUUUUACGAAAUCAGGUCUGACAUGGAAGAUGCAAUCAAACGAAUGGAACCGAAGAGAACACUCUCGGCAGGAACCCGCUUCAAUGGCUUCUCGCGGCUUGCACUCCCGAUACCGAAACCUGCGAUUGUGGACGUUGCGCCAGCAAACGUCGGGCAAAUGUACCCUGCACAUGUCCGUUCGGAGCUCAUUCUCGAUGUGAGUCGAUUAAACUUUGGUCUUCGGAAGGAGUGGGAGCUUCUUCGCCACGGAGACGUGAUCUUCUUGCUUGCAGUCCAUCCUGAUGGGGAUGGCCGCCUCGUUUCGAAUGGCCACGGCACAGACAGUUCGGCUGAAAAGAUCGGGCUGAAGACCUUACGUGCGGCCGAGGUAGUCGAAGUCCAAGAUGAGAAUGGAAAGACGCUGCGGGAGAAUCAGGUGCAAAACGGGGCAUCCUACCGGCGACAACAAGUACGACUCAUUGUCAAUAUUGACGCUGUGACAUACCAGCAAGACAUCGAUCGCCAAGCUGCGGGCAAACCAAACGUGUACGAGGAUAUCAACAUGGUUGUGAGGAGAAGAGGUCGUGAGAACAAUUUCAGGCCGAUCUUGGAGUCGAUUCGUCGGCUUACACUCUCUGAUAUUCCAGCGCCUACUUGGUUCCAGGAAGUGUUCCUUGGCUAUGGUGAUCCUGCUAGUGCCACCUAUAAACGACUAUCUAACAGGCUGAAGUCCAUAGAUUUCAGGGACACAUUUCUGGAUUGGCAACAUUUAAUCGAAAGCUUACCCGGCAAGACCAUCGAACCUAGCGACGAGGUUGAGGCUAGCUUCGGUCCACCUUAUGUGCUGGAGUUCCCCGAAGAAGAGCAGCAGUCUAUUCCUGUUCGUCCUUCCAAAAAGAGACGGCGCGCAGAACCCGAGGAGCCCAAAGCACCAGCAGCCGAGAAUCUACAAGUGACGACGUACAAACCUCCGAACACGGGACCAUAUCCAACAGACGCGCCAAAGCUCAACGCUGUACGAUUCACCCCGGCACAAAUUCAAGCCAUCACGUCUGGAACACAGCCUGGUUUGACAGUCAUUGUCGGACCACCGGGCACUGGUAAGACCGAUGUUGCUACACAGAUUAUCAACAACAUAUAUCACAACUUCCCAUCACAACGGACACUCCUCGUCGCACACAGCAAUCAGGCCCUAAAUCAGCUUUUCCAGAAGAUCGUGGCCCUGGACAUCGACGAAAGGCAUCUCCUUCGAUUAGGUCAUGGAGAGGAGGAGCUUGAGACAGAAGCUAGCUUCAGCAAGUUUGGCCGUGUCGAGUCGUUCUUGGAGAAUGGCGCAAAGUAUCUUGCUGAAGUCAAUCGGUUGGCUCAGAACUUCCAGGCGCCGGGUGCACAUGGAAGCUCAUGUGAGACUGCGGAUUACUUUAACAAAGUCUACGUGCAGCCAGCAUGGACGAAGUACUGGGAAGGUGUACAAUCCGGAACAUUUAGCCUCGAGCAAAUUAUCUCGGAAUUCCCGUUCCAUCAAUACUUUUCGAACGCGCCACAGCCACUAUUUUCACGAGACAGCUCGCGAGAGGCUAUCAUUGACGUCGUCACGGGCUGCUAUCGUCAUGUCGAGAAGAUCUUUAGCGAACUAGAGGACAUUAGACCAUUUGAGAUCCUGAGGAAUGCAAGAGACAAGGCAAACUAUCUUCUCAUCAAGGAAGCACGCAUCAUUGCCAUGACAUCAACACAUGCAGCAAUGAGACGGCAAGAGAUUGCCAAGCUUGGCUUCCACUACGACAACGUCAUCAUGGAAGAAGCCGCUCAGAUCACGGAAAUUGAGAACUUCAUACCCCUGGCUCUUCAGGAUCCGAAGGAUGGCGAGUUGCCCUUGCAGCGGAUCGUCAUGUGUGGCGAUCACUACCAAAACUCACCUAUCAUCCAAAAUAUGGCAUUCAGACAGUACGCCAACCUAGAACAGAGUCUCUUUUUGAGAUUGCAAGGUCGUGCAAGACCGACUCUCGCAGACUUGUACCAAUGGCGAUACCCUCAUCUUGGCAACCUCCCGUCCGUUGAGACAUCACCUGAGUAUCUUGCAGCGAACGCCGGCUUCCGUUAUGACUACCAAUUCAUUGACGUGCCUGACUACAAAGGUAAAGGCGAGAGUGAGCCAACGCCACAUUUCAUCCAGAACUUGGGCGAGGCCGAAUACGCUGUUCAGAUUUACAUGUAUAUGCGUCUUCUAGGCUACGCAGCUUCCAAGAUAUCGAUAUUAACAACAUAUGCCGGACAACGAGCGCUCAUAAAGGACGUGCUGGACCACAGGUGCAAGAAUCACAGGCUUUUCGGUCUCCCGCGGAUCGUGACGACAGUGGACAAGUACCAGGGCGAGCAGAAUGACUACAUCAUUCUUUCUCUCGUUCGCACCACUCGCGUCGGCUAUCUCCGCGAUAUCCGCCGUCUGACCGUCGCCCUCUCACGCGCUCGCCUUGGCCUGUAUGUCCUCGGCCGCCGUGCAGUCUUCGAGUCGUGCCUCGAGCUGCACGAAGCAUUCGACCGUCUCUUUGCCCGCCCAACCAAACUCGCCGUCGUCACCGGCGAAAUGCACCCCACGAAGCGACUGGCAGCAGACGCCGUCGAGGCCACCGAUAUCGAAGGCCUGGAGCACCUCGGCAACUACGUCGUGGACAUCACCAAAGCUACCGUCGAAGCCAUGAAAGCCAACGGAGGUGUGCUGCCGGCUAUAACAGAGGAGAGGAUGCCCGUCGACGACGACGAGGAUGAUGUCGGCAAGGGCUUGUUGGAGGGAGAGCCGGUAGGAGUGGGCCACGAUGAAGAUGACGUGCAUAUGGAUGCGGACUUGGUCCGGCUGGCUAACAGGACGAGGAUCGAGGCGGAGGAGGCGGCGGGAUCGUUGGAUGAUUGAGUUCACGUUGUAAGUUAAAUUAUAAAAAGAGCAUAGCAUUGGCGCUAGGGGUGGAUAUGGCGUGCUUGAAAUUCAUGGUAUGCUUUGUUCGAAGAUGCUUUGAAUGGGACUGAGUCUUGUGUCCGUAUGUGCAUCUCUACCCUACUUGAAUCUAAGGCUAGACGUCUUAACA